ACAAAACUUUUGAAAUUACUUACUAGGUAGCGCUUUGAUGAUCGAAACGCUAUCUAUCGUGUUUUUUAUAAACACUCAUCAACCUAAUCAACUUAUCUGCGCAGACGUAUCAUGUACACGAUAAAAUUUUUUGAUAUCGCAUGGGAUAGGUACCUAUUUAUGUUUAGAAAAGGAUGUUUAUUAUUUAAAUAAUAAAAUUUAUAUUAAUAUACUAAUUUAAUGUGUUAUAUUAAGCAUUAUUUUCAUGUUAGAAAAUAUAUUUUUUAAGUCAUAAAUUAUAUUAUUUUUAUAUUAUAAUGCACAAUAAAUCUAUUUUAUUUGUCUUUCUCAUUGUUUUUUGCUUUUGUGAAAUUAAUUAUGUUGAAUGUAUAAAAUCUAAUAAAAACGAAUUACAAAGUGAAAAAUAUCCACCAUGUGCUGCUUGUAAAAUACUUAUCAAUAGUUUUAAAAAUGGUUUAGAACGUACAAGUCGUGGAAAAUUUGAAGGUGGUGAUAGUGCAUGGGAAGAAGAUAAGUUAGGUUCUUAUGCAAGAAGUGAAGUACGUCUCAUUGAAAUACAAGAACAUUUAUGUAAGGAAGUAGAGCGUGGUAAAGAUCAAUGUCAUUCCAUAGCAGAAGAAUUAGAAAAUAAAAUAGAAGAAUGGUGGUUUAAACAUCAAAAUACCUAUCCAGAUAUAUUUGAUUAUUUAUGUAUAGAGCAAACAGAACGUUGUUGUCCAAAAGAUCAUUAUGGUCCCCAAUGUAUACAAUGUCCAGGUUUUCCAGAUAAUGUUUGUAACAAAAAUGGUAAAUGUAAAGGUGCAGGUACAAGAAAAGGGAAUGGUAAAUGUCUUUGUGACAAAGGCUAUUAUGGAGAAACAUGUAAUGAUUGUGCACCAGGCUAUUAUGAAUCUUAUAAGGAUGAAAAUAAAUUACUAUGUUCUACUUGUCAUGCUGCAUGCAAUGGUUCUUGCAAAGGGCCAGGACCCAAAGAUUGUGAGAUGUGUUCUCAUGGGUGGUAUAUGAUAGAUGGACAAGGUUGUUUUGAUAUUAAUGAAUGCUUAAAAAGUGAUGAAUCUUGUCCAGGAAAUCAAUUUUGUGUCAAUAAAGAAGGAGGUUUUACAUGUCUAGGAUGUGAUAAAGCUUGUAAUGGUUGUACUGGAGAUGGACCAGAUAUGUGUAUAAAAUGUGCAGAUGACUAUCAUAAAAAAGAUAAUUUGUGCAUAAAUUCAGAUCUUCUUGGUCGCAAGAGACAUGAAAAUUUUGCACGAUAUGCAACAUACCUUGGUCUUUGUGUAGCAACAUGUAUUAUUUUACAACGAAAUAUAUAUGUAGCAAGUGUUAUAGGUAUAUUAGUUGCAGUUUAUAUAUCAGUGUCUGAGUAUAUGAUUGCUCAUAGUAAUAUUCAAGAUACAACAGCUAAUAUGGAUAUCUUAGGACCAGCUUGACUAAAUC